GCCAGCAAGGCCUUCUCUGCUGGCCUAAACACAGAGCUGCCAACUUUUCAAAAAACCUUGGAGUGAGAUUUUGUCGGGUGACCAAAAUGUUGCCGCGCACGCAGCCACACACGUUGGUGGCUCAAAUAUCAGGAAAUUUGAAUUAAUUUGGCGUUGUACCCAUGUUGUACCCUGCAAUCUGGCCUGGCAAAGGUCUUUUACGAGGCAUCUUUGCUACCUUAAAGAAUUUAAAUGUGUUUUAAUAACUCUACUCUCAUUUACAAAAACAUGCCUAAUUCUAUUGCACAAAUGUCCUGUCUUUAUGUUAAAUUCUUUAGAAUACAUCUUACUUGUUCAAAGUACUGUUUGGACAUUUUUUUGAGAGGGUCCUUUUCCUAGGCCUGCAAAUAAAGAGAUAAAUGCUAUGUGGGCAGCCUUAAUAAACAAUGCUCUGAUGUGUUGAGCAUGCAGUAUACCAAGAGGUUAACACGGUGCUCUCCUGCUGCUUGUUAUGACAGCUGAGUUUACAUUCACCACACAAAAUCACACGCACAAACACAACACAUUAUUUCUUUCAAGAUUUAAAGUUUAAGAGAGCGAGUAUUUAAUUGAACCACGUCAUUAAAACAUCAUCAGAAUAUUUGAGGGUUGCGUGGCUUAUCUCCGUUACUUUGCUCCGUGGAAAAAUAUGUUCCGCCAUCCGCCACGGAAUAAUUAACCAAUUUGUCUACGUUAUACUUCUUGUGGAAAUGCCGCACACGUCGCAACAUCUAGCGCCCCGGUGUGAAUGACUUCCGCAUCCAGCAUCACGAGACCAGCAGCAGCCAAUUAGAUCCAACAGCGGAGCAGCUCAGCGCUGAUUGGCUCUCACAACGCAGCGUUCUGGUUCUGUGCUGUGACGUCGAUACUCGCUAUAAGCUAUAGUGACGUCACGGAGCUUUGAUCCAGAGUGCGUAAAUAGAGAGCAGACUCACUGUUCUGAGGUCUACUUGAGGAUCUGGGAGAGUCCUGGGGAGCAGAAUAUGGUAACCAGGAUGUGUACCCUGGAUACUCGUAGACUGGGGGGGAUAGAGCAGGCUCAAGCACUGAUGGGUGGGGGGGUGGGGGGUUCUCUGAUAUAUACACAUGUACAUACAUAAAUACAUGGUGAACUAAUCUUACAUUAGGUUGUUCAGCUGUAGUAAGACGGCAUUGAAGGCCUAGGUAGUAAAUGCACGGCCCGCCACUGUCUUUAACAGAUAGCUCUGUCGACCAAUGGGCGGCUCCGAAAAAAAAUGUUUUGAUAUCUCAGCCAAUGGGACGGGGUGGAAUUAGUAAAUGGGCGGGCGACUACGUCCCGGUGCCAAGUGGCGAUGUGAGCUCCGGCAACAGAUGGUGGCCGUGGCGGGGAGUACACCCAGCACAGAGCAGACGGGCUGGAGGCGUUAGUGGAGCCAGCAGCUAGACUCGGUUACCUAAUGAAGAACUGGAACACGGAUUAGUCACUGACUUCAUUGAGAAUUUAUUGCCCGCAGUCUUGGAUUAUUAUUUAUUUUUUUAAUCUUAAUUUCCCACAGAAGGCCGCAGAAACCUCGGGCUAGAGUUGGCUACACGCCGACACAGAGUGCGUGACGUCGGCGGGGAUUGUUUGGAAAGUCUCCUGAAAUAAAAAUAAAAAAAUAGCCAGAAUUUAGCGGUUUUGAGUCAUAACUAUUUUUAAACUUUUUAAAGUAAAUUGUGUUUACUCGAAAUCCGUAAUUAACGUAGAGGAGAAAUAAAGUUAGACACGCUAACUUAAACCGCUGCAAUGCUAGCUAGCUUCUAGCAGCACAACUCUAGCCAUGUCGGAGGAAUGAAGUGUCGACUCGGACAGCUGUCGGUCGUUACGUGAGAGGACGCGGGGUUCAGACGACAGGGCGAGCCUGCGUGGCGACUUCGUUGACGGUCAACCUACACAACGUCACGUCACCCUCGACAGGAAUGCGAUGCCGGGGAGUCGACGGACAGCGGCGAUCUAGCACGCGCAGACAGCCUCGAGCCAGUCAGAAAAAGCCGGGUGAUGUUCACGAAGCCGCAGGGAGCUGAUCUUCACUAGCUCCUCGACCCGCUGCGCUACUCGGACUUGGCCGCCCACCGCCUGCAGCUGCCCGCUCCGGGAUGGGGAGCACCGUGUCGUGCUGCGCCUCUCCGGAGUCGAGCCCCAAGCUACCGUCGAGGCAACCGGCGGAGCGGCUGGAGGAGCUCCAGACCAGCACCGAAGAGAGCGACGACAACACCGCGGUGCCCUACCUGCAGCACAUCAGCGACAGGGAGGUGCCAGACGAGCUGGCCUCGGAGUCCAACCCCUCUGACCACGCCCGGGCAGCCACCAUCUUCCUGAGCAAGUCCCAGACAGACAUCCGCGACAAGAGGAGAAGCAACCACGUGAAUCACAUCCGCCACGUGUCGCCCGGCCCGCUGUCGAAGAAGUACAGCUCCUGCUCCACGAUCUUCAUCGACGACAACACCGUCAGCCAGCCAAACCUCAAAAGCACGAUCAAAUGCGUGACGUUGGCGAUAUACUACCACAUCAAAAACAGGGACUCCGGCAGGUCGCUGGACAUCUUUGAUGAGAAGUUGCACCCCUUAUCGAAAGAGCCGCUCCCAGAGGACUACGCCGCCGUCGACCCCGAACACAAGCUGAUCUACCGCUUCGUCCAGACGCUCUUCAGCGCCGCGCAGCUCACCGCCGAGUGUGCCAUCGUCACUCUCGUGUACUUGGAGCGCCUGCUGACCUACGCCGAGCUGGACAUCUGCCCCGCCAACUGGAAGCGCAUCGUCUUGGGGGCCAUCUUGUUGGCGUCCAAAGUGUGGGAUGACCAGGCCGUGUGGAACGUCGACUACUGCCAGAUCCUGAAAGACAUCACCGUGGAGGACAUGAACGAGAUGGAGCGCCAGUUCCUGGAGCUGCUCCAGUUCAACGUCAACGUUCCCGCCAGCGUCUACGCCAAGUACUACUUCGACCUGCGGCAGCUGGCCGACGACAACGAGCUCAACUUCCCCCUGGAGCCGCUCGGCAACCAGCGCGCCCAGAAGCUCGAGGCCAUUUCUAGACUCUGCGAAGACAAGUACAAGUACCUGAGUCGGGCGGCGAUGAGGCGAUCCAUCAGCGCCGACAACCUGAUCGGGAUACGGCGCUCCAACGCCGUGCUGUCCUAGGCCAGACCGCCGCCCCUGAAGCUCCUCCCACAGCCAUCUCGCGGGUUUCCACACCACCGCGUGCCGGCGGACAGCGGCGCCAUCGGAAGCUCCGCCACACAAGUUUUUCUAUUUUCUUCCUCUACAAAUCACGUAUUUAUUUCUUACUUGUCUCUUAUUUCCCGGAGCGAGUGGCCGUCUCCUUGGAGUCUAGUCCUUGUAUUUUCAGAAAUAUGUAAUCCCCGUGCAGCCCGGCGUUAUUCUAUAUCGUCGGCGUCGUCGACAGCUCCCACGAGACGACCGAAACCAACGGCGCGAGUCUGUGCUUUACGACGGAAAGAGACUCAUCUGCUACCUUUUAAAAAAAAAUAUGGAUGUCUGAUCAAGUGCUGAUGGUAAAUGUAGCGGGCGAGUUCUGAUGAAGACGAACUCCCAAAUUGUCAGCGAAGAAAAUAUCCUUCCACCUAAAUACAAAAACAAAAACAAAACCACCUCCUGAAUUCAAAGUUUCUUUUCACGACGAAUACACAUGUGCUUCUAGUGAGGAUCAGCCCAAAGUACAGUCUACUACUACUACUACUAGUACUACUACUAUUAGUACUACUACAGCUACUACUACUAGUACUACUACUAUUACUAGUACUACUAGGAGUACUCCAAAGGCCUCGGGUUCACAGACGAGUCACUUCAAUGUUGGUUUUGGUCUCUUUCGUGUGAUUUGUUGGCCAUUAGAAAAAAUCGAAAUCUGCAUCUUUAAAAAAAGGAUGAUCAAAUCAAAAUGCAAAAGCUGCUCCUUUUUGUGAUUUGGAGUUCCCUUUUUAAGAGUGUAAAACAACUAAAACGAAAGGAACGCGUGUUGACCGUUGAUCCCGUGUUGGAUGGAGCUCAUCUUCAUCUUCACCUUCAUCUUCAUCUUCCACGGGAGUUGGCGAAACCCGUCGGGGGUCGGUUUCUCGACGUGGCAGCUGGGCCGGCGUUGGAACAGGAAGUAGCUCCGCCCUCGGUGUUGUGCACAAUAACACAACUCAGAGUCCCCCCCCCCCCCCCCCCGAGCCUCAAAGAACCCGUUUACCGAUCCGGUGCCCCCACCCCGCCCGACCAGAGCUUUCAAAACAAACGACAUAGAUACCGAGGGGGGAUGGGGGGAUGAAAGAGAGAGGCGGGUGGAGACUCUCCCUCCUUGUUGCUUACUGUGUAGGCUCCUUAGCUGUGAAAUGUCUUGUUUUUAAUUGAAUUUAAAAAAGUAUUUAAAAUAAACUCUAAUCAUGUAUAACAAAGGU